UGUGUUGAGCAGCAGCAGUAGAAGCAGCAGCAGAAGAAGUGUUACUCUCUGUAGUUAACUUGUUGAAUGACAGCAGAUCAGAGUUUAAAGUCUUUGUUCUGUUACUUUCUCUGUUUCUCUGCUUUGGAAACAACUCACCACAUCUCUUCGUAGAGUCGCAGCUUCUCUGACCUCCGACCUGCUGCUGGAAACAUGCGGGACCGAACUAAAGAACUAGGAAACAAUGCAGAGGCUUCAGAUGAGGACGAGGAGGUCAAAGCUCUGAUGAUCAAACCUGGAACCUCUUCAGUCAAAGAGGAGAAGGAGAAUGAAGCCUUCUUUAAAAAGGUGCAAGAAAUCCACGAGGGGCUGCAGAGUCUCAAGAGGAUGGUGUCUAACCUCGAGAACAAACAGAAAACUGUGCUGGGGGUGGCGCUGCCGGAGGAGAGUAUGAAGAAAGAGCUCCAGACUCAUCGAGAGGAGAUCAAAACGGUGGCGACUCAGAUCCAGAGAAAACUCAAGAGUAUUGAACCGAAGAAAGGAGAAGAGGAUGGAAAAUAUGUACCCAUAAACGCUCGGAUGCAACGGACCCAGCACGGCGUCUUGUCGAAGGAGUUUGUGGAGUUGAUGGGACACUGUAACACCAUCCAGUCCCAGUACAGAGACCGCAACGUGGAGAGAAUACAGAGACAACUCAAAAUCACUGGGACCAAUGUGACAGACGAAGAGCUGGAUGCGAUGCUCGAGAGCGGCCAGACGGAUGUUUUCACACAAAAUAUCCUGAUUGAUGCUCAAGCUACAAAGCAGGCUCUGAACGAGAUCGAGUCCAGACACGACGAGAUCCUGAAGCUGGAGAGGAGCAUCAGAGAUUUGCACGACAUGUUCCAGUACCUCGCCAUGGAGGUGGAGGCUCAGGGGGAGAUGGUCAACCGGAUUGAAACCAACAUCAAACAGUCGUCUAACUACGUGGAGAAAGCAAAGGAAAACACACAGAAAGCGGUCACAUAUCAGCAGAAAGCACGCAAGAAAAAGAUCUGGAUAGCGAUCUGUUUGAGCAUCGUCCUCCUCAUCUUAGUCAUCUCGUUGGUCACCACCUUCGGCACCUAACACCAGGCAGCGUGAGCUGUCGGCUGUAGACUGGUUUAGCAGAAGCACAUAAAAAAACAAACACCUUUUCAUGUAAAUAAUUUCAGCCCACAGGAUGUGCGGGUGAAUUCAGUCGGUUAUCAUCCAUCUGCUUUUCAUAUUCGUCUCCCUCUAACCCCUAACUGUCCUCCCAUCAGGCCUUUUGUUUUUGUUUUAAAGGUGCUUUUAACUCACAAAUGACUACAAUCUUUGCAUUUCCAUUUCCACUUCCACUCAUGAGGUAGUGCUGCUGGUUUAUGGAAACUCCCUCCCGUCAGAUUCUAGUCUGCAACACACAGACAAUUUAUGAAAUGUUACGUCGGUGCCCUUUCCCCUCCUACUUUAAAAAAAAAGAAAGAGGAAAUAAGUGGCCUUGAGCAAAGCACAAUGCAGUAUUGAACCCCCACGCUGGCGCUGAUCAUACUGUCCUCAGGAAACUGUGCAUUGCUUCUUGUUACGUUGUCGUUUCUGGAUGAAUUAGAGGCGCAGAUAAUUUUAAUAGAGUAGACAUUUCUUUUAUAGGCAGAUAGACUAAUAUAAUUGUACAUAACCUCUAUUGCUGGUGAUGAUGAGAAAUUCUUUAUGCAGAUUUUUAAAACUUGAAAGUUUGCCUACAUGUAACAAGUGUACAUAUUGUUUUGGUGAAAUAACAGCCUCCCCUUCUUUUAUUUUUAUUUUACGGUUUCUCAGCACUGCAAUAAAAGGCCCACUUUUAUUUGUCCUACCAGUUUGUAUUUAUGAUUUAAAUCAAUUUAUUGUGUUAAGCUGCUGCAACCACACAUGAUUUUUUUUUUUUUUCUUCUCAAAACUGUGCCUUCUCCUUUAUGUCCAUGUGAGAAUGUGACGUGCACUAACAUUGUCAAGAAGGGAUGGAGUGAGUUUUUAAUUUUGUUCCUAUUUGAGCAGUGUUUCAGCUGACAACGUAUACUCGUAUAUUAAGACUUUUUUAUUUUUCUUCACCUGUUUGUCACAUUGUGCAAAGACUCCUUUUGUCCUGCUAGUUUUUGUUUAAUUCUGCGGGGAAAUCCUGCGAUGUGUUAACUAACCAGAAAACACAUUUAUGGAGAAACAGUGUGUGCUAUGCUUCCACAAUUUGACAAAUCUGUAAAGAAAAAUAAACCAAAAACUGUUAAAGGUCGUCUAAAUCUCAGAAAGAAAGUGGUUGGCAGCGGAGGGCAGAGACGGACUUUGCUACUGUGUAAUAUUACGAUUGUCACACUCAUUUAUUUUAAUUUAGAUAUGUUUUUUUAAAUAAAAUACUGCCAUGUUCUA